AUGCUGCUGGCUAAAGUUGAAGAUGGUGACCCUAAAGCUGCCAAGAGCAGCAGGGAUCUCAUCUGGGAAUGCUUUCAACAAGUCACAGCCAACACCAACCUGGGCACCUGGCUCAAUGAUGAGUACGGACUGGGGCAAGAAACAGCAGAGAAGCAACAGCCAUCCGCACUAGAUAUGGUUGGGAUCUUCGAUCAAGCAGUGGCCGCAUUUUUUCAGCGCAAUGGGCGCAAAGUCUCAUUUCAGAGUGCACUGAACUCAUGCAUAGCAGAUUUCAACAAGUCAGUGAAGGUUAGAAAGUUCAAGGUGGAUACGUUGAAACGUAAGAUCAUCACGAAUUUGUUGAAAGUCCCGAAAGAGUCAGUUGCCAUCUUGGCAGCUCACUACGACCUACACCGGCACAGCUCUUCAGGUUUUCCCUACGAGGUGGUGGCCAAUGGCCAUUUUGUUCCUCAGAACGAUCGCUGCGAGUUGUCCCGGUACCGGGGUAAGGCUGUUUGGAAGGAAAUCCUUGACAUCACACCUGAUGUUUGCACCCUAUACUUCAACAGGGUGCAUACUAUGUUCAACUCCGCUGUGACUGGAGAUUUCACCAGCAAAAUGAAGAAACAGCAGCAGCUCAGCCUGGACACCCACGAGAACAUGAUCGAUGGGAUUUGCCUUUGGGUGUGGUUGCGGCCCAAGAUCGAGGCCCUGGUGUCUGCAGAGUACAUGACAAAGCUGGAAGAUAUGUUCUUCCAAGGGACCCUUGUCGGAAGCAGUGAUGAAGAGCCUACAGUCCUACCAACCAUGCCCAACCUGAUGGACCAGCCGACCUUCUGUGGUGAAGAACAACCAACCCUCUUCCAUGACGAGGCCUCGACUGAUGAGGAUGAUAAAGCUGAGAAACUGUUGGAACAGCAGUUUGCAGAAGUGAGCCAGGAGCAAAAACGCGCCAAGUUUCGAAAACUGUGGCAUCAAUGUGCUACUAAACCUGAUCAAGACUUACACAAACCAAAGGAUGAUGCACGUGGCCAGUCAGCCCUCCCUCAAGAAAAUCGCCAACGACCAGGGUGCCAGGUGAAACAAGUGGAUGGCUUGACUGGAGAAGAGCAAGUUUCGCAUCGAGAUGGACAUGCUGAACAACCAGAUGGACAAGAACAAGACGUCCCGGAAGCACUACCUCCUGUUCAUCAAGAUCUACAAGGACCAUUGCGCCAAGGAGGGCAACAACAUGACGAGAUGCAGAUGCCUUUGCCUGUUGAUCAAUCUGCGCACCAGCCAAACGCCAAAGUGCCAAAAGAUGGGCAAGUUUCGUCCAGCAAAUCCAGCAGCUCUUCACAGAUGCCACAGCCACCGAACCCACAAAAGAAGUUUAUCCCCACUCCUGGCAAUGCUCAAGAAGAACGACUGACAUUGGACACUGACCUCAACGUUGUUUGCAAGGCUGCCCAAGCGGAGUGGGACUGGCAGCGAAUCCCAUUCAUCUUGGAGGCCAUGGGUCAGUCGAAGGAGGCCUUCGUUGUGAACGCCCAGGCUAAGAGCAAAAACGCAUGGCUUGCAUCACAGCAAGCUGCAAUGCUGGCCUUCAAGUCGAAAAACAAGAAAGAUGAAAAGGACGAAGAUGAGGACGAUGAGGCAAAAGAUGAAGACAAUGACAUGGGCGAUGCUGAGGAUGGUGAUGACAUGGGCUUGGGAACACUGCCAACAACAAAUGCUCUCAGUGAUUUCCAGUACAACUUUGAAGCUGAGCUUCGGCAACCAUCGCGCAAUCUCUUGGUGAAGGAUUUGAUGAUUUGCUUUGAUCCCAGUACUGUGUAUGGAAACCGUGCUGCCUUCAUGAAGGGAAUGAUGAUCACAGCCAAACAUGCCUCACCUGGCGGGAAUGUGUUUUGGAAAUCACCUCUGUGGAAGCGAGGGGUCAUUGGUGAUGUGGCCAUGUUGGCAAGAGCAGAAAUGUACAAGCCACCUUGUCAAGAAACGAUUGAAGUCAAAAUGAACGCGGCCUUCACUGACUGCCAAGAAGCCAAACAAGUUUCUUGGAUUUGA